CGCCCCCGGGUGGGGGUGUCCGGCCGUACCCGGCCGCCGUUUACCUCAGCCGGGCAGGCCGCUGGGUUCCGCCGCAACGGAGAAGUUGCUAACUAAGUUUCAGCACGGCUGAACCAGCCCCCGUCCCGCCUCAGCUCCCCUGAGGGACGAGCCGGUACCUAGUCAGGGAGAGGUCUGAUCAGUGUUGCUGAAGUGAUCACUUUCCCCUGUUCUGAAUGUCAUCUUGGCGACCGAGAUCUUGUUUUCACUAUGAGAAGUGAAUCAGGUUGUACAGAUUGGUUGCAGCAGAAAAUGCAAAUUAUGAUUCUUUUUCCUUGUUGGAUUUUUUCAAUUCUGUUGAAUGCGUAAUUAAAACUAUGGCAACAAGAGUAGAAAUAAAUUCUACUUUGGCGUCUUUGACGACAGUACCUGACUUAAAUGAAAUCAGAAAUGAGGAUAAAUCACAGCGUGUGUAUGUAAGUGUGCUUUCAGAUGCAAGUAACAAGACAAAGGAGGCUUCAGCAUCACUAACUCUUGAAGAGAAGAACAAGUUUGGGAGUACUUUGAGAUCUGCAACAAUGCCGUCGCUAGGAUCAAGGCCAAGACUUUUCCCAAAGCCUUUUUCUAAAGAGAAAUCUUCAGAUAGUUUUGCGAAUGUAAAACCACCUAUUCCGGCUUUCAGAUCAAGUACUCUUAUUAGAAAGGCCACUGAAGAAACAUCAUCUGUUAAGGUAUUAAGUGGAAAUGUUCCUCCAUUAGUAGAUCAGAAAGUAAUUGAAGAUGAAAAUAAGGCUGGCAGUGAAGUAGUCACAAACAUGACUUUCUACACGGGUCCCAGUGCGAAUACUGUCAUUCUUUUUGAGACAGCAGGCACAGAGCAAUCAAAGGUAAGCCUGGCCCAAGAAAAAAGGGCUGCUGAUGACCACAGAGUAUUUAGUACUAUGCAAACCAAAGAGCUUCAGUGCAACAUGAAGCUGGAGAAACCAUCUCAGCCUUCUGAGACAUCCAGGAAUCCUGAAGGGUCUCUUCAUAGGCAGAUAUCGCUUUCCUCCAGUCUUAGACCAGUCUCUUGGAAUUCCCUCAAAACUGGUGAAAAAAAAGACGCUUGUGAAGUUCAUCCAGGGGAGAAAAACAAUGACGAUGCAAAUAAUAUCUACAGUAAAGGUGAUUUCUCUAUUGAUAUGCAGCAAAGGCCAAAACAUAGACCAGUAUCUGCUAUUUUUCUGGAAUCAUUACGAGAUCAAAAGCAUCGCACUGUGGAAGCUUCUGAGGAAGAAUCUCCUACAGAGAAAUCCUGGGUUAGAAAACCAAGGCCUUUGUCCAUGGACCUGACAGCUAAGUUUGAACAUAAAGAUCUUUCUUCUUGCAAGAAGACUUGUUCAUCUCAUGAAAGCAAGGAGAAUGUAUCAGUAAUUUCUUUUACUGAUGCUGGCUGUCACGAUCAGUCUGAAAUGGGGCCAAAACCUGAAGAGACUGAGUUUAAUAAAGGCAGUUCUUCUAAAACAAAUUUGAAGUGCAGUAGUCAGGACAUUGGCAUCCUAAAUAAUGGAAAAUACAUAUGGGAAACAAAGCUUAAAUCUAAAAGUGAACAAAUUGAGACAAAACCAGAAAUAACGACUAGCUUGCACAGUUCUGAAAGAAGCCAUGAAACCACUAGUGAAAGCAGAACUAGUAAAGGGGGGAAAAGACUAGAUCAGAAGGAGACGUAUAUGUUUCUAGGCUGUGAAAGCCCUGCAGCUUCCUCAGAAAAAGAGAAUAAUGUCGUAAGAGGUAGUGUUAAAAAACACAUUAGUUUGUUUACUUCAGAAAAUCCCAGUACUUCAAUGGAUACAGAGCUUCUCCCAUCAGCUGCUGAGAAGGAAAACAGGUGUGUUAACAUCCAACAGAGAAUCAAAGAACUGACAACAGAAAAUACUGAUGUUAAGCCAGGAAAUCUACGCAGGUCGCUUCAAUCACGACCACUUUCUGCGGACUUAACAAAGAUGUUUUCAAGUCCGACAUCAAGCAGUGAAGCAAAGCCCGAGAAAUCUGCUGAAACUAGAAACGACUCUAUCAAUGAAAUGCAAGAAAAUCAAAAAAGUAAGGAGAUCAAGCUUGCAUAUGGCACAGAUUUCACUGAAGCGCAUGCUACUGGGAACCCUUGGAAACCCCGGCAGAUUUUAAAAAUAACAAAUAAAUCUGAUCAGGUAGAGAGGAAAGGAAGCUUCCUUGGAGAUGGUCAGCAUUUUUCUCAGCAAAGUGAAAACUCUGUCUCAUUCACAAGCAACUUGGAAAAAAAAUUAAAACCAACCACACUUGUGGAAAAGACCUACAUUAAAACUGUCCGAGCCACCAUGUUUGACCAUAAUGUUCAGAGGCAUAACGUUGCUGCUGAUCAUUCUGGAACUGAUUCUGCACUGAAAAUGAGUAAUGAGCUUGAGGCAAAGCAUGAUGUGGUGACUUCGGGGCACAACAGACGAUCAUGGAUGGGAGAAGUGGAGGAAACCACUAGUGUAAAGAAGGAGUAUCACAAGCAGUCUGAUUCAUCAAAACAUAUAACAGAUGUAGAAAAAAGUGGAAAACCAGCUUGUUCAAGUGAAGACAAGAAGAUGACUCCAGGAAUUCUCUUAGAAAAAUCUUUGGUUGAGAAAAGUGAAAAAGCCACUCCUAAAAAUGUAGAAGACUCUCUAAUUUACCAAAGAAUAGAGCCGAGAUAUGAAGUCUUUCAGACGUGUGGUGAAAGAGCUCUUAGUGAAGCCAUUACAAUGGCUCCUGAAAAAAAGGCCAUGACACUCAGAACUAGAAAAUCAUCUGUGAGAGAGAAUAAAAAUGAUGAGGAUAUUUUACACACUGGUCAGUCAGCUAGGGCAAAUAGUAAAACUCUGUACUUGAAAGAAGAUAAUGUUAUUUCAGAAGCUAGAGACACAAAAGUUUUUACAAGCACGUCUGUGUUGAGAGAACCUAAUGAUCUUUUCUCCAGUGAAUGCACUUUACCUGAACAGAAGAAAGACUCUGAUAAAACUGAAACUGAUCCAGUAUUGAUAGCUGAGAAAAUACCUUAUUCUACAAACAAAAGUAAAUGUUUGGGAAUGAAUGAAAAAGUAAACAAACUACAUUCUGAAAUUAAAAAUGAUAAGAGUGAAAUCUCUUCCAUGGAUAAAACAGAGAGGUCUAAUAUGAUGAAAUGCUCUUCUGAGAAAAGGGGUUUUAGAUCAGGUGGGGCAGACAGCUAUGAAUUCAGAACCAACUUUGAUCGUGAAGUUAUUUCAACAAGUGUAAAUAAACACGGGGCCCAGUCUGCUUCAGUGCUUUCAAGUGGACAAUUUUGUAAAUCUUCCAGUAGCCACCAUCCAGAUACAAAAGUACUAACCAUUAAUAAAGAGGAAUCUAGGGCCUUUGGUUUAAGGAGAAGUCUAGACUUAAAUUGCAAAGAACAAGACUUUAACUUAGAUAGUACAGCUCAUGAAAACAGUGAAAAAAUCAGAGUAAUAGAUCCAGAAGAAAAAGUAAGGAGAACCAGAAGUAGUGUUUCUGACUUGAAGAUUUCUGAAAGGUGGAGAAGGAGGACCUUGCCUCAGGAUUCUAUCAAGAUGGAAGAAGUCGUCUGGCUCACUCCCGAAAAUAUCAAAAGGCUGAGUCGGACAGAUUCAUUGCAAUUGAAGGAAAGCUCAGUUAAAAAGAGAAGCAAAAAAAGCAAAGAAGGGCUGGAAGGGAAUGAGGCAAACCAAACUGUUCUUGGCAGUCCUGAUGAUUAUUUGAAAAAUCAGCGUUCUGCCUUUGAGCCAAAGGCAACUUACUUUGCAGUGACUUACCAGAUUGCUGGUAACAAAAAAGAGAAAAGCUUUGUUGGUACUCAUAGUGCAAGUGAAACUAAUAAAAUUUCUAGCUCAAGUGAGGGAGCAGUAAUUAAUCUGGACCCUGUUUUUCCUGGAAGGUCCAAACCUUUAUUGCAGCAACCAAAUAAAAAUUUCAUGAGUACAACUUGUAGAGAAGACUCACGGGAAGUGCAUAUUAACAAGGAUUGUGUCAAAGAAGAAGACAAAGAUGAUAUCUUUUCCAAAAACAUUGCAUUUGGUAAUUUUCAUGUAUCUAGGAAAGAUAACCACCAGUAUCGUGAAAGAGGUCUGGAUCAUUCUAAAGAGAAAAUUAUAGAUGUUGAUGCUUUCCUGUUAAAACAGGAUCUGGAAAAUACAGCUCAAGCUGAUCUCAAAAGUGGCAAAAGAAAAGUCUCCUCUUACCAUGAACCCAGAUCCCCCCUGCGUUUUGCACAGUUACAUAAAGACAGUGAACUAGUCCCCCAGAAAAGGAAUGAAAAUAAUUAUGAUUUACCUGGAAGGAAGGCUGAGGAUGGUUACAGAUCCCAAAUUCUUGAUAUUGAUGCACUUAUGGCAGAAUAUAAAGAAGAAUCAGUGAAGGCCAGUAAUGUUCAAGACAAGCUCUCUGGAGAUCACAGUUCACUUAGUAGGGAGAAAUCAAAGAACAAAAGAAAUGUGUCAGAUAGGAUGACUUCUUCCUAUAGCUGGAAAGCGUGGAAGGGGUCAGAUCGCUGUUCUGUUAAUAACAAACAAGGUGACUGUGCAGAAGAGUACCACAGGCCAGAGGAAUUAAUUCUAAAUGAAAAGAGCAAAGAGAAACUGGAAUCAUGUAGCCCUGAAUUUGAUAAACAAAAGUCCAAAGACAGAAAGUUCAGCCCUCCUUACUGGGGAAAUCCUAGCAGCUUUCCUUCAGAUAAGUUUGUAAAUUCACCUGUGGAGUUCACUAGGAAGAAAACUUUCAUCGUUGAUGAGGAUGAAGAAGUGAACUUAACUUCCAGGAAUCAAAGUUCAAAAUUUGUAAUUGAUAAGGUACAGCCUAUAAAUGCAGUUGGUACAGACCAAAAGUGGGAAGUUAGUUUUGCUUCCAAGUUGUCCAUAAAGGCAGAUGAUGGCCUCUUACAGAAGAAGUUGGUCACAAAAGAACAGUUCUUGGAGGUGUCUCCAGAAGGCGAUUGGAGCAAAAAUGUAGCAAGGAGCUGUAUAACAAGGAACAAAGACAAUGCAGAUAAGAUGACAUGUGAGAAUGACUCUUCCAAUGUGAAAAGUAAAACUGAUUGGAAGAGCUAUACAUCUGAUUUAGGAAGUGCACCCCCAGAUUUAAGACGAUCCUAUUCAGAAAAGAGCCACCAAGGAAAAGACAAUCUACCACUUACGCAAGAAGUAAGGGGAAGAAAGGAUCCAUACCGAUCCAGGCAAAGCUUCCUGUUGGAAAGUGUGGAUAACGGGUGGAAACACAAGAUGUCAUGUCAGUCAGAAUCAUUCUUCCAUGAGGAUAAAAAGGCUUCUAGGAAAGAGUGGACCAAGCAGAGUUCAGACAAAGCAGACGGAACAGACUUCUCAUUGGUUUCUACUCAGAGAAGCCGCCACAGUUUUUAUAAGGACAGAAGGACAGAAAACGGGAUGGAUCAGCUGAAGCAGUGCUUCUCCAGACAGCCCCCGGGAGCAAAGGACACAGACACGCUCGUGCAGGAGCCUGACAGCCAGUACGGCACCUGGAAUGAGCAGAGGCACAGUGGGGACAGCUUUGUGCCUGAAUCUCCUUCCUUGGAAAACGAUGUCAUUUCGACGAGAAAGCAACCUCCAAAUAGCCACCCGUCUUCACUGUCCUCUCAAACAGAACCUGCCUCCCUGGUUGAUCACCAUGACUUCUCAAAAGACCAAAGGAGCACAAGUUUGGACCGUUCCAGCACUGACAUGGACUCUACUGAUGGGACUGACUUACCUCCUCUGGGAGACACCUACCCUGAUGAAAAGACCACUGAUUUCUCUUUCAUUGAUCAAACCACUAUUCUGGACUCCAGUGCACUGAAAACUCGUGUACAGCUCAGCAAAAAGAGACGCCGUCGGGCUCCUAUCUCACACUCUCUUAGAAGAAGCAGAGGGCUGGAGUUUGAAAAUAGAUUUUCUUUGACAGAAGAACCAGAUAAUACCUGGAUGUUUAAAGAUUCCACAGAAGAGAAGAAAACUGUGCAACAGGAAGAUUCUGAUGAGGAAGACAAGAUACAGCAUACUGCGAGAUCGUCUUCUGUACAAGCUCAGAGACUUCCCGUAUUUCCAGGAAUGGACCACUCUGUUCUCAAGGCCCAACUGCGGAAAAGACAAGAGUCUGAGAGUCCUGGUGAAAAAAAUUCUGCUCAGCUGUUCAAAUCCCCUAAACCGCAACUGCCGCUUGGAACUCCUGGUAGCAGACUGCUGCCCUCCAGUGUAGAGAAGGAGGACAGGUCAGAAGAAAAGUCUCCUCAGUGGCUGAAGGAGCUGAAAUCAAAGAAGAGACAGAGCCAUUAUGAGAAUCAGGUUUGAAAAGAUAGUGAUUCUAACUAGAAGAUAAAGAAGUUUAACAGAAGCCUUAACUCAUCUGAACCUAAAAUUCACUUGUCAUGUUGCUGCUGUUUGCUUCCUGCCUCAACUGCUAUGUGCAUGGUGCCUUCCUGUUUUGUGGAGAAAGCUGCUUAAUAUUCAUAGUCAAAUACAAAGCUGUAUCUUUUCAGAUAUGGGAGGAGGGUCACUUUAGACCUGCCUGGAAGAAGAACCGGUGGUUCAUAGUUAGCACUUCAGAAAGUCUUGAAAGAUUGUAAUAUUUGAUCUAGGACUGCUGUGCACCAGAAAAGUCCCCUCACUGUUGAACAAAGACUACAUUUCUACGUUCGUGUUCAGCAACUCAAAAGUAUGACUUUUGGUAGACAUGUCAGGUGUAAGGCUGGGCUUUGUGUUUGUUUAUGAAAAUAACAAUUUUAAUCAAAUUGUAUCUUUUUUUGUGAAAAAAUAGUAAGCUCCUAUUUAGAAUGAAGUUUGUGGAAGGUGAGAGUGAAAGGACAAAUUAUGUUUACUGCCAUAUUGAAAAAGGAAACUUGAUUAUUUUUUGUAAAAUGUAUUUUUGAUUGGCUUAUAUUUACAUGUGAUCUGCUGACCUAGCAGAUAAAUAUAAUUUUUAGAUGAACAAAAUGUUAACUUUUGUCACUCUUGAAAUGGUAUAUUCUGUGUUUUGUCAGCAUGUGGAAUAAUUGCUUCAUUGGAAUGUCUUUCCUAAAAAGGAUCAAGCAAUAAUGUCAACCAGUUCUCUUUAAAAAAAAAAAAAAAAAAAAAAAUGUAAAUACUGUUUUUAUAACAAAAAAGGAAGGGAAGAGGGAGGAUGUUACACUCAUAUCAGGGUUCCAGUUAAUUGUUGAAUGUCACUUUAAUAGCAGUUUGGAUAGUCCCACUUCAUAUUUUUAUUUGUUAAUCUGUAAAUACCAGGUUUAAGUUUUUAUUUUUAUGCUGAUUUUGUGGGAUAACCUAAAUGUGAUCUUCAGUUUCUCAGAUGAUUUACUUUUCUUCUUUUGGUAAGACCAAUGUUAUAAUAGUGGUAGAGAUAUCUCAUAACAUGGGUGUGAUGAAUAUCACUAAUAUCUCAAAUAUGUUAAUAUCUUUGAAUACAGAUUCUGAAAUAUCAACCAAGAUGUCCAUUUAAGACAUACUUUAUUCUUUCCCCAAAUAAGUGCUCUUUUCAGUAAACCUUUAAAAAUGUAGCCCAACGAGGGAGGUUAUUCUGCCAUGUCAGUAUGCCUCAUGACUUGACUAAGAAAGCAGCAAUGUGGGAAAACGAAGCGAGACAGGAGCGUUCUCCUCCCCUGGUGCCCUCCUGUAGCAUGGGGGCUGGGCAGAGCUUGCCACGGCGGAAGCGCCGGCGGCCCUCGCGCCGGGUGGGUCGGUGUGGCAGCCAUGGGGCUGGAGCAGGAGCAGAUGCUGCUCCUCGCAUUGCACUUCCCAUGUCCUGCUGAUGGGCUUCUCUUGAUAUUAAAGCACCAGCACUUGAACUCAUUUUCUUUUUUUUUUUUUUUUUUUUUAAUGAUCAGCGUUUCGGAAAGCUUGAUUUACGUGGGGUUACCACAAUGGUGCAUCUGCUAGCCAGAGUGGCAUGCCUGGUCUGCUGUCUAUCAAGCUUGUAGCUGCCAAAACCAUGUGCCAAUUCUUCUCAUGGAGGAGUCACAGAUGAGGUGAUUUUUAGUCCCAGUCUGCUCGUAGGAAAUAACAGCAGUAUGUCAGGAGACAAGUCCCAUAUGCGCAUCUCUCUCCCAGAUUUAGUUCCAAUAGCAGCUCCCUGUGCUUAAUGGAGAUGCAAUGAAUACUUUUCUCUUAUGUGAAAAAUCUUUACUUGCUGCUUUGCCCUAUUUCACAUCAGAGCUGUUGCUGCCGUUACAGUUUUACAGCCUCUUCUGCUACCAAUCAAGAAAUGAUCACCCCAGAUCUCUGCCAAGCAUUUCAUUCUGUGUGGCUUUUAACCCUGGGUGAUGGGAGAUGGACUUCCACUUGAAUGCAGUUGACCAGACUGUUAAAGAGCUCCUCUUAGCUAAUUUGAAAAUGUUGCACAUAUUUUCUUCUUCCCUUUUCUUUAGAUGAUGGUGGAAAAGGUGAUUCUUUAAGAUAAGCUUUGCAUAUGUGUCUUUUGGGAUUAUUUUUUUUUUUAUGGCAGCACUCAAGGGUACCAUCAGUUCUACACCAUGUGUGACACACACACUUCAGCCAGCCCUGAGCAGGAGUGUUUGCAGGUGUCAGAGAAGAAUGACGAUUGCUUUUCUUACUGUUACUCAGAUGAAGUGGGGCUUACCUUAAACAGUAUCUAGAAAUCGGGUAAAUUCCCCCUGCUUACAAGAAUAUUUACACAGGCAUGAUUUUUGAAUUCAGCAGGUUGACAGUGUUGCAUUACCAAUAGUUGGAGGAUAUACCGUUUUUUGGUCUAACAAAUGAAGGCCAGAAAUUCUUAACUGCAGUGUUUGCUCUGUGUUUGAGGAAACUGAGGGGAUUAAUACUAGGUUUCCACAAAGCCCUUUGAAUGUGUAUGCAUUUCCACAUCUGCUUGGACAAUGCACUGAAACUUACUGUAUUUAGUAGUUUAACCUACUACUGAGAAAUGUUUAAUGCUUAAAUGUCUAAUUAAAAAGCAUCUUUAGAAUGUU